AUGUCUUCGUCUGGGUGGCGUCGCCCUCGGGGUGCUGCCAGACGGGGAGAAAACCAGCUUCGAAACGCAUUUUCCGCUCUCGAUAUCCAGCGCACUGCAGACUCUGGAAGCGACAGCUCCGAUGACCAAAUCCGCCCUCGUGCCCUUCAUGUGGCCAAGAGUUUCCCUCCCCCUGGUUCUUUCGGUGACGCGGAUGAUGAGUCCCAAUCUUUCUCUGGAUCGGGCCCUUCCAACUCGGAUGGCAUGACCGGACGAGACAACGCUGGAACUGAUACUUCCAUCACUCAGGAGAUCUCGAACCAGGAGCAGAUCUCUCAGCCCCUCAUCAACCCAGAGGCCAUCCAGGACGCCUCCGGUCAGGAAUGGGACGCUCAGUCCUGCUACCCUCCCGAAGCUUGUGUCUUCGUCGCCAACCUCAGUCAGAACUUUGAUGACCUGACCCUCAUGUCUGCUGUUACCAAGGUGUUCAGCCUGUACGGUACUGUCUUUGUCAAGAUCAAGCGCGACAAGCGCCAGAUGCCUUUCGGCUUCGCUCAGUACACCAAACCUGAGGAUGCUGAGAAGGCCCUCACCAACCUACGAGGCGUCGAGAUCCUCGGUCGACCCGUUCGCACUGAACGAUGCAACGCCAACUUGGUUUUCCUGGUCGUUCGUCGCAACAAGGGCCUGGUGUACCACGAAGAGGCUCGAGAUCUUCUGUCUCCUUUCGGAGCCAUCGCCAAAAUCGAGGACCUGGACUCUGCCACACAGGAGCGCCUUGGUCUCUCGCCCGCAGUUCGUGUUCGCUUCGAAAAGUUUGAUCCCCGACGUGAUGUCAUCAAGGGUGUUGGUGACAACACGGCGUUUGUCGUUAUCAACUUUGAUUUCAAAGUUGCUCAGGAUCCCUCUGAGCGAGAUCCUACCGACAUCACCUGUAUGGACACUUUGCAAAGGGAUAGUCGUUCCGUCUUCCUCGGUUCCCUCCCCGCCCACACAAGUGAUUUCCUUGUCCGCGAGCUGGGUUCGGCGGGCGGAACAAUUGUCAGUACCCAGCUGAAGCAGUCAGUCGACGGCAGCGGAAUGCCGACCUACUAUGCCUUUAUCGAGUACGAGCAUCCCAAUGGCCCCGACCUGGCUAUCGCCAAGUUGAACGGCUACAGAAUCGGUGGCACUUCGCUUCGUUGUGAGCGUAAACGAUCAAAGGUCACUCCCAUGGCUCUAGCUGCUUCCACUGGGCCCUAUGGUACAGUUCCCCCUAACCGACCUCACCGUCGAAACGCAUCGGCGUUCGCGACUGCUUCUGUGACACCUCGCAACGAGCCUGGCUCUCAGACACGUCGCUCCAAGGGACACCAACGAUCCGCUUCUGUCUACAACGAUGUUCUUGCUGGUCCCAAGACCCUUGACUUUUCGAUGGGUGCCUGGCCACCAAAGGACGAGUCUCCCUACGAGUCUCAGUCUCAGCCCAAGGUGCAGUCCUUCCGACGAUCAUCUUCGUACCGCCAGUCAUCUGCCUAUCAGCCCUCGUACAUUGAGCUGCAGAGCGGUCAGUCUCCUUACCAGGAGACGUCGUUCAGAAAGCCCACUUACACUGGCUCCGAGUACCAGCAGAUGCAGUAUCAGAGACUGCAGGCAUCGCCUCUCUACCAGGCACAGAGCCCAGAAAUCCUUCAGCCUGAGCCUCUGAGAAUUCCUGCUCGCCGUCUUUUCGACCUUGAGGAGACUACUGCCAUGGGGCCUCCUGCCAUCCCUGCCUAUGCUCCCCUGGCUUCUCCCAACAAGCUGAAGCCCUCAGUCCACUGGGCCCCCUCUCCAGCUGUUUCCUCUACCGGGUCAUCUGACUUUGAGAGCAACCGAAACCCCUACCUGUCCAACGCCCAUCGUGCUUCCACACUUGGUCCGUCGUUUGGUCAGCGCAUGGCUGGUCAUCGUUCUGGUGCUCGUCGCUCGGUCACUAACUUUUUCCCUUCUAUCGACGAUGCUGUCACUCGCGCCAAGUCGGCCCUGGAGGAGUCUGAGGAUGCAAAGAUCCAGAGCACUCUCGCCAAGUACAUCCAGAUUGCCAACAAAGAAAACAUCGACAAGGCUGCCGAGGAUGCGAAGAAGAAGGCCUCUGAGGAUGCUACCCGCAAGGCUUUCAAGACCGCUGCUGAACUCGCCAUCGAGACUAGUGACUCAAUCCGAGUGACGAAGAAGAAGGUCUUCACCCGUGCUCACCACCUCUCCGAGGAGAACCUGAAGCACAACAACAAGGUGGAGGAUGAGCUCCUCAAGCGCACCGCUCGAUCCGAAGAGCACCUUCGACUUGAUCGCCUCAACCUCUCGUGCGAUGAUCUGAAGAGAGCUGCCAAAGCUGAUAAGGGUGAGAAGUCUAAGAAGGUUGUCAAGGCUGACAAGACCAAGACUCCCAAGUCUUCCAAGAAGAAGGCCAAGGAUGAGACUCCCCAGAGCACUGUCGACGCCCUCGCUUCUGGUGGUCAGAACAACCUCGUCCCUCAGGGCAUGAUGCCACUGCCUUAUGUCUCAAUGGUUCCCCCUUACCACCAAGCUUUCGCAUACCCAGGAGCACCCGGCGCGCAGGUGAUACAGCCACAGGGAAUGAUGCAUCCUAUGAUGCAGGCACAGGUGGGCAACGCCCAGGCCAUGCAUUCUCAUAUGAUGGCGUCUCAGAUGAUGUCUACUCACAUGGCACACCCUCAACUGAUGCCUCAGAUGAUGCCUCAGGGAAUGACUCCUGGAUUCGGCUACAUGCCAGCUGCCUACCCUCAGCAGGCGCAGUACCAGAAUGGCUACGCCGCCAACAUGAUGUACACCGGCAACCCGGCUUACCCUUACGUUCUCGUCGAGUCGCCUACCCGCCAGGCCCAUGUCACCGAGCAGGAUGACAUCUAUGAGGACGACCAGAACGAGGAGUCUGAGGAAGAGACUUCUGAGGAGCAGACCGAGGAGGAGACUUCUACCACUGGGUACGAGGAGUCUGCGUUCUCGGACUAA